CAAAUGUCAGUUGCGAGACUCUUCUGCCCUUCUCUUUCUUCUUCAGUUCUUACGAGAAGUGAUACAAUAAUAAUGGAGGCUUGUAAUGCCGUUGAGCGCGAAGUCGAUAAAGUUCUGUCGAAAUUCGGCGCGAUAAAUGAACAUGCGGAGACAGUGUUGCGCGACCUGAUAAACCACAUACAGUCUCUGAAAAAAGAUCUGGAGGAAGCACCACCUAAUCAGGAACUAACAGCUGGUCAAGUACAAAUGCUAAAACAAGCAAUGACAAAAGUACGUGAUACUGUACAAAGAUUAGCAACAGAUCAUCGUGAUCUGCACAGUACAGUGUCCAAAGUGGGUAAGGCAAUAGACAGAAAUUUUAUUGCUGAUUUUGCUAGUACCAGCAGAGAAGAUGUAUUUUCUGGACCUGAGAAAUCUCAUCUUCUGAAUCAAAUAAUUUGUCAACACUUUUAUCGUCAAGGAAUGCUAGAUAUUGCUGAUGAAUUAGCAGUGGAAGCUGGUAUCAAAACCGAUGAAGGUAGAAAGGAACCAUUCACAGAAUUGAACUAUAUACUGGAUUGUCUAAAACAGAGAAAUCUUGAACCAGCAUUAGAGUGGGCUAAAAAACACAGAGAAGCACUUCUAGCACAGAAUUCGUCUCUUGAGUUUAAGCUACACAGAUUACAUUUUAUAAGACUAGUUCAGCAAGGUCCUAGUAAGCAGAGAGAAGCGAUACUAUAUGCCCGCCAAAAUCUUACGCAAUUUGUUGGACGUUAUGAAAAAGAAGUGCAAUCUUUAAUGGGAACUUUACUUUAUUUGCCACAUGGGAUCCAGUCAUCUCCCUAUAGUCAUUUAUUAGAUCCAACUUUAUGGCUUGAGAUACACGACGUUUUCACUAAAGAAGCGUGUACAUUAUUAGGCUUAAGUGUGGAUAGUCCAUUAUCUGUUUGUAUCAACGCAGGAUGCACUGCAUUACCUGCACUAUUGAACAUUAAGCAAGUUAUGCAACAGAGACAAGUUACCGGUAUCUGGAACGGUAAAGAUGAAUUGCCUAUCGAGAUAGAUCUGGGAAAACAGAGCCGUUAUCAUUCAGUUUUCGCCUGUCCUAUACUUAGGCAACAAAGUACAGAGAAUAAUCCGCCGAUGAAACUGGUUUGCGGCCACGUAAUUUCUCGAGAUGCAUUGAACAAACUUGCCAAUGCGAAUAAAAAUCAAUUUAUUUCUAGGUUGAAAUGCCCGUACUGUCCGGCGGAGCAGAAUCCCGAAGAUGCGAGACUUAUUUAUUUUUAAGCUGUGAUACAUUGUUUACCUAUACAUAUAGUAAUAUAUAAUGUGUG